AUGGCAACAGCGCAUGAUAAAUUCAUCGGCCUCACGCUGGCGGUGUUGGCUUCUGUGGCUAUUGGAUCGAGUUAUGUCAUCACAAAAAAGAGUCUAAUACAAUCCUCAGACCGUCACGGCUAUGACGGUGAAGGAUUCAGAUAUAUCCAGAACCCGCUUUGGUGGUGUGGGACUAUUACUCUGGUUAUUGGAGAAUUGAUGAACACCGCCGCCUAUGCAUUUGCGCCUGCUGUUCUAGUUACACCCCUAGGGGCAUUGAGUGUGUUGAUUGGAGCUGUACUGGGAGCAUACUUCCUCAGCGAAGAACUCAACACCGUCGGCCGUGUAGGCUGCGCAAACUGUUUGCUUGGCUCAAUCCUGCUUGUGCUACAUGCCCCCGCUGAUAGAGAGAUCCAUACCAUCGACGAAGUAUUGGAUUUGGCUACUCAACCUCUGUUUUUGGCCUACCUCCUCUUCGUAAUCCUCUACACCCUCUAUGCCAUAAACCGUCUCGCACCCCGCAGCGGCCGCAUAAACCCCGUCAUCUACAUGAGCAUUUGUUCUCUGGUCGGCUCCGUGUCCGUCAUGAGCGUGAAAGCGUUCGGUAUUGCAGUCAAGCUCACUUUUGAGGGGAACAAUCAAUUCACGCAUCCAUCGACAUAUGUGUUUUUGGUGGUUCUGGUGGUUACGACGUUGACUCAAACACACUAUUUGAAUAAGGCUAUGAGUGUGUUUUCGGCUUAUUUGGUGAAUGCAAUGUACUACGUCGGCUUCGCGACGUGCACCAUCUCCGCAUCCAUGAUUCUGUACCAGGGACUGAAUACUCAUGAUCCCACAGAAAUCAUUUCUUUGAUUUGCGGGUUUUUGCUCGAGUUUGUCUCUGUGGCGCUACUUACGAUAUCGCGGAAUGAUGAUUCGGCUGUCUCAAAGGGGAAACGAAGAACAUCAUCUGUGGAUUAUGAGCGUGUUGACUUUGCGAUUGGCGGGGAUGAGGAGGAUGAGGUUGAGUUGAGAUCUAUUUGA